AUGAUCAAAUCAGAAGAACUCGGAAAUCCUUCUUCGACAAGAGCCUUCAACAAACCUCGAUUUCAUAUUUCCAACAAGAGUCUGAUCGAGGAAGAUGAAUCAUUGGUAUCAAAUCACCACGGUAACAUCGGAGAGGAUAAAAAAUUGAUUCAUUUGCUUAUUGGAGUCACUGGAUCGGUUGCUGCUAUUAAAGUACCGGAACUCAUUCAACAAUUAAAUACAGAAAAUUUAUUUAAAAUUAGGAUUAUUCUCACAGAGGGAGCACAACAUUUUGUGACAAGAGAGGAAAUAUUAAAGAUAGACCCUUCCAUAGAAUGUUACACUGAUGAAAAUGAAUGGAAAUUGUGGAGUAAGAAAGGAGAUCCUGUCUUGCACAUUGAACUCCGAAAAUGGGCUGACAUUUUCGCCAUUGUUCCCUUAGAUUGUAAUACUCUUGCUAAAAUAUCGAAUGGAAUUUGUGAUAAUUUGUUAACAUGUGUGGCCAGAGCUUGGGAUAUUAAGACAUCACCUUUUAUUGUUGCACCAGCAAUGAACACGCUCAUGUGGGAACAUCCAUUCACAUCUAGACAACUCUCUAUUCUAGAAAAUGAGUUGGGAGUGUAUAUAAUUGAACCCAUUUCAAAAUUGUUAGCUUGUGGGGAUAAAGGUAAUGGCGCUUUGGCUACUGUAGAAACAAUUGUUCAGCAAAUCAAAGCAGUUGUGACAACGGAUUAA